AUGAACCUAGACAAGUGCCUUCGUACGAUGGAGGGACACGCGGAUGAAGUUUUGGGUGUUUCCUGGACACCUGAUGAGAAAUGGGUCAUCUCUGUAUCCGCGGACCGAGGGAUUCAGUUACGGGACCCGCAGACUGGCAACGCGCAGGUACUGGUGCGGGGACACAACAACAAAGUCGCUUGGGCGGCUUCUUGUCCCGUCGGGAGCUUCUUCGCCACUGGAUCGAAUGACAUGAAAGUAGUCAUCUGGAAAUAUGGGCCAUAUGACGGCCCGGCUGUCCAAGUGUCUGCGGUGCCGACCGCUGGCUGGUUUGCCAAGAUACCCGAGUCGUUGAAGCGGCCGGGGUUUGGCUUGGCCCUGAGCUUCCUGCCGUCUGAAAUGAAGCGCUUCCCUGCCCUGAUAGGCGAUGAAGACCGCGACUGGACUGCUGACUUAUUGCACAUACGCCUGAGUGGUGACAUAAAAUACACGAUCCCACGAUUCUGGAUGAAAUCAGAAGGAUUGUUCACGUGCUGCUCAUCUCAAACUGUAUUGUGCAUCGAUGAGCUCCAGAAGAAAGCGUUUCUAUACGACAGAACCGGCCUGAUUCCCGUAUUGGACUACUCGACCUGCUUGAUAAAGUCGGAUAGCAUCGUCUCAGACGACCUGAUGAACCAGCUCGGAGCGGUGGUUGCUCCGCUCGAAGACGUCGCCAAUGGCCAGAAUGAUGGGCAUCCCGGGAGCGACGGCAAGGUGCUCGACCUAGUCCAUCCCUCGCUCUGGCCUCUCGUCUAUGGCCGCUCACGUAUCCUGCCCGACAAGGUCGUCAGCCUCCAGAACUGCCUUGAGGCGUGCGACUCUGGCGAUAUCUUGCCAAGGCCGGAUCCCAGAGAGGCUUGGCUGCCCUGCGACGUCAGCACUGACGACCAAGGCCACGCCAAGAUCGGCACCUAUAUCAACAAUCUACACCCCGUUGGGCAUCCGGAGGCGUGUUCAGUCCUAGAACGCUUCAUUGAGAGGUCUCUGCCUGCUUGGGACAUCAUCUAUCGCUGGAACAGCGAGUUUAGGGCGCAACGCCUCCGGACGAAGAGCGCUAGGCCUACAUGCACGACUCCUGAGAUUUGCGGUAAAACAGAGAUAUGCGCUCCGUAUAACAGGCCGCUGGAGGAGGUUGAGCCCCAUCGAGGAGAGCCUGGAGCUGGCAGGGAGUCGGAGCGACACCAGCUUGACAUGGCGUGGUUCGACGCGACACAUCCCUUGAACAUACCGGACGCCACCAUUGAGUCAGAGCAGAGCGGUCAAACUGACAACCAAGAGUCUUGCUUCUUCCGACUAACGCCUACCUUGACUAGCCACACUAGCCCACCUUUUCGUAUACUCGAUAGGUAA